ACGCCUAACGGGAUUUAGUAGGACCUAGCAGUAAACUUCCGGUGUAAACAAAAAUAAAUUUUAAAAAUAAUUUGUAUUUAAAGUCAAACUGUCAACGCCAUCUUAAGGUAGAAAAAAAUGGAGCCAAUGGAUACUGAAAACAAUGAUGAACAGAAUAUUGACCCUGAUGAUUUGGAAUGGAAAGUGUUCACAAAGGGUGAGACCGAGGAACCAUUUCAUUCCUGGUUACAGUGUAAUAUGCCUUCUAUUGUAAGCAAGGAUGAUGGUUUUGGAUGGGUAUGUGUUAGGCGUGAACCAACACAAGGAUGGGCUGAUGAGCCAGAUCUAGGUGGCUUGUCUGAGUCUUGGGAGCAGUUGUUAUCAUCAGGUAGACCUGUAAACUUCCAUAAUAUCAGGGAACUUGCAUUAAAUCAUAAUGUUAAGAGUGGAAAAUGGCUGUUCUUUGCUGAUUCAGGAGGAAAAGUGGAUCACCUUUGGAGUAUCGUUGCAAAUGCUGUCAUAAAUGAUACAUCACCAUGUAACUCUGCUAAAGUGUCAACAUUUGAUCAUUCAAACAGGCAUGUUAUUUGUAUAUACAAUAAUGAUUUCAAUGAUCAUGAACAGGUACUAAAUGCUGAACAAGCUAUCCGGAAUAUGGGAAUAAAGUGUAAAAUGACAUACAAACCAGAUGUGUAUACUUGCCUUAACAUUUAUAGGAGAAACGUGUGGGGUAUUCCUGCUAAUAUUAUGUCAAGUGACUAUGAUUUAUUAACAGGAAAAUCAUUGAUUAAAUCUAUAAGGUGACAAGACUAGUGUGGAAAACCUUUUAAGCUUUGUACCACAUAUCAACUUGAAGUAUUUAUGUAUUAUCUAUGAGUGUGCUAGAUGUCAUCAUGAUAGGUCAAUGCCACAGCUCAGUAUAGAGAACGAUAAAGACUUUUAACUAUAAAAAAUUAAUGCACAAUUCAAAAUGUUUUUUUUAGCUAGACCUUUUUUUCUAAGAAAAAGAAAAUAGAGGUAUUGUUACAUGUUAGUGGCUAUCUGUCAUCUGUCCAUUGCCCGUUCUGUGUGUAUAACUGUUUCCACUUACAUCCCCUCACACACCAUAAGGCCUUUUGAUGAUAGCAAAUUUGUUCUUUGCUUGUAACUUUACAAAAAGUAGUUCAAAUGGUGAAUAGAGUUUAUUGUCUAUCUGAGUAAAGGAAGCUAGAAAUAGAAAUCUUUCCAAAACUGCUAGAGCAAGAGCUUAUAUUUUUAGCUCACCUGAGCAUGCUCAGGAUGAGCAUUUAGGAUCGAUGAUUGUCCGUCAUCCGUUCACAUUUAGUUGUUAACACUCCAGCGGUCGCAUUUUUGCCUCAAUCAUCAUCAAACUUGGUCAGGAUGCUUAUCUAGUCGAUAGCUCGGAUGAGUUCGAACAUGGGUCAUCUCGGAUGAGAAACUAGGUCACUGGAGCUAAAAAUAGAAAAACCUUGUUUACACUCUAGCGGUCACAUUUUUGCAUCAAUCAUCAUCAAACUUGAUCAAGAUGUUUGUCUAGGUAAUAGCUCAGAUGAGUUUGAACAUGGGUCAUCUCGGAUGAAAAACUAGGUCACAGGAGCUAAAAAUAGAAAAACCUUGUUAACACUCUAGUGGUCACAAUUUUGACUCAAUUGUCAUCAAACUUGGUCAGGAAACUUGUCUAGGUCAUUGCUGGGAAUAAAUCGAACAUGGGUCAUCUUGGAUGAAAAAUUAGGUCAAAGGAGCUAAAAAUAGAAAAAUCUUGUUAACACUCUAGUGGCUACUGUUGUGAUCAAAAUAUUCUGUUAAUUGGUCUGAAAGUUUGUUUUGAUGAUUUCUAAGUCAAGAUCGAACAUGGGUCAUCUUGGAUGAAAAACUAGGUCACACCGCCCAAAUAUGGGAAAACCUUGUUAACAUUCUAGUGGUCACAUUUUCGACUCAAUUAUCAUCAAACUUGGUCAGGAUGCUUGUCUAGCCUUGGAUGAGUUCGAAUCGCAUGUGAAACUAGGUCACUGGAGCUAAAAAUAGAAAAAUCUUGUUAACACUCUAGUUGCUACUGUUUUGAUCCAAGUAUCCUGGAAAUUGGUCUGAAAGUUUGUUUUGAUGAUUUCUAGGUCAAGUUUGAAUAUGUGUCACCUGGGUAAAAAACUAGGUCGCACUGCUCAAAUAUGGAUAAUCCUUGUUAACAUUGUAGUGGUCACAUUUUUGACUCACCUGUCAUGAGACUUGGUCAGAAUGCUUGUCUAGGUAAUUGUUUGGAUGAGUUUGAUAAGUCAGGUGAGCGAUCUAGAGCCAUCAUGGCCCUCUUGUUUAAUGAAACAUUGUUAUGUUAACUUCUACAAAGUCUGGUCUUGUUCAGAAAUCUUCUUCAAAAUUGCUUGACUUAGAACCUAGAUAUUUGUUACAUUUGCAUGUAAUGUUAUCAAGUAAGCGUUUAAUAAGUUUGUUCAAAUUACUAAACAUAGUGUUCAUGUGAUUUUACAAAACCCUCUAUUCAUAGAGACAAUGUCAAAGAGCUAAUACUUUUUCUUGUGGGCAUCUUAAUAUCACAGACUCACAGGUUUAAAUUAGUGACUCUAUGUGUAUUAGGGUCAUAUUAAAGAGGAAAUUAUGUAUAGAAAAAAUAUUCUUUGAAACUUAAAACUUAAAUAUGUGGUAUACAAGCCAAUAUUUGCAAGUAUAUUUCAGCCAAGUUUUUUCAAAUACUGUUCCAAAAGGUGUAAACUAGCUCCACACCAGGUGUCACUUUUUUUUACUUUAGGGACUAUUCACUGUUUUUAUGGAAUGGCAUUAACACAUCACAUUAAAGGCUCACUAUUAAUAACAUAUGUGCUGAGUUUGCAGUUUUCUAAAUUCAGAAUUUAACCAUAUCUAUAUCAAAUGUUGAAUUCAGCUUAUAAAUUAAUUUUGUUUCCAUAAUUCUAUGGUCAAUUUUCAAUAGAGUUAUAACGUAGAAUGUUUUUGUUAUUUAACACACCUGAAAUCUGUGUGUAAACAUAUUAGAAUGUUCUGGAACAAGAUACUAUGCUGUUAAACCAUUUAGCAAUGAUUUUGUGCAUGUGCCAUUGGCUGAUUGAAAAGAAAUAUAUCGACAUAUUUAUUUCAUACAUGCAUUUUGGAAUAGGUUUUUCCAAAAUUCAAAUUAAAUUAAAGUUUUGUAAACUGCAGGCAGCAGAGAUACAGAUUUAUACACUCUAAGCCA